AUGCCGGCGACCACAUCUCCUCUCCUCUCCUCUCAAGUAGGUCAUGCUCUCCUUUCUAGGGCUUUUGAUCUGUGUAUCUUCCUUGUUGCUGCUGCUUCAUCGCUGGGUUUUCACAGUUAUGAUUUCUCUCUCACUCUCAUAUGGAUCUCUGUGGCUGGCUUUCUCUCAACCUCUCUAUGGCAGAUAAAGAAGCGCAAGCUAAAGGAUGAUAAAAAAAGGAAAGAAAUUGAAGUGCAGAAAGCCAAAGAAGAGCAAUUGUCGAAAAAGCGCCAGAGAGAAGAACGACGAGAGAGAUAUCGGGAGCAAGACAAACUGAAGAAAAAAAAUCAGGAGAAAUGCAGAGGACUGAUGGAUGCACAAACUUUUGCCAACUGUUUCUGUGCUUGA